AUGGGGCAAAAUCUACUGCAAACACCAUCUCGCUCUUACAAGUAUUAUUUGCAGGAGGCUGCGGAAGAUGAUGAUGAUGAUGAGCCCUUGGAUAUUGCCAUAUCCCCUGCGGUCAACAAGGAGCAAGAGGAGGUUGCCAAUGACAAAAGUGGCCCCUUGAGUUCCUCCAAAUCCCCUGAAAUAUACAGCAGUCCAGCAAGCCUAUUAUUGAGUCCUCUUCCGACAGAGUAUCGAAGUUUCUUGAACGGAUUGCUUUCUCCAUUUUCGCCUCUUCUGAAGCAGAGUGACACGCGAGGUGAAUAUUUACAAUACGUGUCACUGCAACCAUGUCGGAAGGUCACGUGUGUCGUCAAAGUGCUGCCACUAGGGGACAAUGAUAAUGAACAAAGAUGCGUGUUUCCACAGAUGAAAUCUGAAAGUGCAAGUCUCUCUCAGAACGUAGUGGUAGUCAAUCCUUCAGCUUUUGGAAAGCACAUUCCGAGCCAUGUAACCUUGGAAACGGCGAGAUUGGUUUCGAAGGCGACGGACACUUCAGACUGGGCGCGACUCUACAAUUUGCAUCACGUUGUUUGGCCUACCAUGGGCUCUUCGGUAUCCUUCGAUUCGAGCAACGAUCAAAGCUCCGUAGAUUCUUUGAGCCGUGCAAUUGCUCAAGAUGCCAUGGUCGAGCUGCAAUCAUCGGUCAUCAUUAGUCUUGGAGCACAGUUUGAUGGUGAAGGAAGUGAUGAAGGUUUGUGGACACGAGUUAUAGCCCACUGUCAGGGUUUGAUGGAGGAGAAGAUGGUCUGUACCAUUAGUUUUGUCGAAAUUUUGGAUGAACGCGAUAAUUUUCGUGAUCUGCUUUGUGGGAGCAAUAUUCGAAAACUUAACUCAGGUUCCGUUAGACGUGAUGUCUGGAGUGAUGGACGCUGUUGCACGACGGAAAGAUCCGAGCUCGACAAUAAUUGGGACUAUAAACUUUUGGAACAACGCAAUAUCAUUUGA